GUACACCGCCGCGUUGUCACUCCUGGCUUACCGCCCCUGAUUGACCUCCAGUGUCGGCUGCUGUUUUACCGCAAAAAAAAAAAAAGUCGACCAGCUGUGUAACUUUGAGGACAAUUGCCGGGGUCAGACUUUCCCCAGAGCUGUGAGGUUCAGACAAACAUUGGCUGGUGUGAGCUGCAGAGCCUCGUCUCUAACAGAAUACAGUCAGUCGUCUCCGAGGUUCUCUUGCCAACAAACAAGAUGUCGGACAGCACCAUUCCCGACGAGUCGAGAUGUCCGUUGGUGUUCCUGGGCAAGACGGGGUUAAAGGUCUCUAAUAUCUGCCUCGGGGCUAUGACCUUUGGAAAAGCACCUAAUAGGCUCAUACUCCAACAAAACCUUGACGAAAAAGAGUGUCACCUUAUGAUGGAUCGCUUUGCGGCCUGGGGAGGGAACUUUAUAGACACGGCGGACAUGUACGGCCCCAAGUUGUCUGAGACGAUCGUGGGAAACUGGCUUCACAAACAGGAGCGAGAGAAGUCUGUCAUCGCCACCAAGGUUCGCUUUUCCAUGGACCCCUCCGACCCCAACAAGGUGGGACUCAGCCGCCGACACAUCACACGUGCCGUGGAGGAGAGUCUGGGCCGUCUACAGACAGACUUCAUCGACCUUUACCAGACUCACCUGUGGGACAACGCCGUGCCCCUGGAGGAGACCUUACGCACCUUGAACGACCUGGUGAGGUGUGGCAAGGUGCGCUACCUGGGGGCCUGCAACCUGUCGGGGUGGCAGCUACAGAAGUGGAUUCAGGUGCAGGAAAAGCUGGGACUGGAACCUGUCGUCGCUCUGCAGCAACACUACAGUCUCAGGGAGAGAGAUUCUGAGUGGGAGGCCUUCCAGGUGUGCAAGGGCAACGGUAUCGGAGUGUUGCCAUGGAGUCCACUUAGCGGAGGACUGUUGACCGGUAAAGUAAGUCGAGACAAGCCGCCUGAGACCGGGCGCAUGGCCGAAGUCGUCCAGAACAACCUUCACUUCGACGCGGCGCCGAACUGGAACAAACUGAAAGACAAGGAGCAGAUCUGGAACAUUCUAGAUGUCUCCAAAAGCAUCGCCCAGAACCACGGUAAGACUCAGGCCCAGGUGGCCAUUCGCUGGCUUCUGCAGAAGGACAUCGUGGCUUCUGUCAUCAUCGGCGCGCGCACCCUACAACAGCUGGAUGACAACAUGGGCGCCGCCAACGGCUGGACACUGACACCGGAAGAGAUGGCAGAACUGGACAAAGUGUCGCUGCCCGAGAAACACUACCCGUACAGCAUGGCCGACAUGUACAUGGGGGAUCGUUUCAACCCUUUCUACCACAAUUGAAACCUCUGAAUAGUCACACGUGUCAUUUCUUGCCGUUUCCUUCCAGCCUGUCUGUUAUUAUUGGACCAGGACAAACAUUUUGCCUAUUUACAACGCUUCAAGUUUUUUUUGAAGUUAUUUUUUCAUGAUUACUAUUGUGAUGUUGAUAAUGAUGAUAAUGACUAGUAGUAGUAGAUAUAGUAGUAGUAGUGAAUAUUUGGCAAUAUGGAUUACAACGAAAAGAAAUUGUACUAGAGAGCGGACUGAUGCCUCAACGAGGAUAUCGCAAUAGAAUAGUAAGUCUCUACCCCUUGCCUUCUUUUUCCAGAAAACUCCAGCCAAUAUAACUCUGAAUUUAACUCUUACUUAGGCAGGUUCAGAACACAAAUAUAAAUGAACCACCAUCUUGUCAACUGUUCAGUAUGUCCAAGAACAGCCUGGAUGUGGCUUCAAUGUCUGAUGUGUUGUCAACAGCGCGAUGUGGACAGUCUGAGACAGAAUGUAAACAAACUGACUGAUUAUAAUCACUAGUGAUGGCUUCCAAGUUCUGUCUAGGUGUGUAUUUAUGUGUCACCUGAUGUCUUCAUCGUUACAUAAUAAAAGAUGCAGAGUGACUAACACA